CGAGUGCCUUAUUCCAUGUGCCAUUUCAUUUCUCAUGUCACCCAUGUGGUCUGCAUUAGACAUUCUGAAUUCAGAUGUUUUAAAUCAAGGUAAAUGAAAAUAUGAUAAAUUGGUUAAAAUGAAAGACGAAACAACGUUAGAAAAGCCGAGAAAAGAGGUGGCAUCAUCUAUACUAGAAGCAUUCGAUUCAUUAAAAUCCAAUAAACACGAUGAAAAAGUAACUGCUGGAGCCAGAAUAAUUUUGCAAUUACAAUUAAGUGAGAAUGCAAAGGAUAUACAAUACUCUUUACGAAGGAUAAUACGCAGUCUUGGAGCAAAUACACCUGAGUUAAGAACAGGUUAUUUUGCCGCACUUGUCAGCCUUUUGUCCAAGUUUCCAGACAUUACAGUUACUCAAUUAUUGGAACUAACAAAGAAAGAGUUGCAUGCAAGUGGCUCAUCUAAAAGCGAAGUUGGAGAUGUGUCUCUUGGUCAGAUACUUGUUUGUGGAGCAAUAUUUAGGUCUCAAUUAAUGCUUAAAUGUAGUGAAGAGGAACAAAAGCAAACAAUACAAAUAUUGCAAAAUGCAAGUACUAAAAAAGUAUAUUUGAGCACCAUCGCAACACUCAUACUCCUGGACUUUGUAAGAGAAAUAAGUGAAGAACAAUUUUCAAGUAUUGUGUGGCAAACUAUCAAACCUAACUUUAAAAAGGAAAUAAAGGAGCACACACUUGAUUCUCUGUAUUUUCUUUUGGUGGUCAGUUCAAAAUUUCCUAAUACAGUGAAAGUGAGAAAAUUAUGUGGGGUUCCUGAAAUACUACAUGAUGACCACAUAGCUGAUAUUUGUGAUAAACUUUUGGAGGGAAUUGACUUUUCAUCUGUAAAUCAUCCCAUCUAUGAAGAAGUAGGGAAACAAAUAGCUAAAUUGCCCCAACUUUUGACAUUUUGGUCAAAAAUUGAUGAUCAACUUAUAAAGCACAAUCGUAACAGGGAGCUUGUGGCCAUCAAUAUUCUAAAUGCUAUUCUACUAAAUCUAGACAAAAAUGUGGAAGUCAUACCAGAUUUACUAAGCAAAAACUUUUUCAAACUCUUCUUAGACUGGUUCAAAGGCCUUCAGACAGCUAGCAAAGUGAGAAAUCGUAAUGAAAAUGAAGAUGAUCAAAAAAUUAUGAUUAAAAAAGAAAAAGAAAUCCUUAAUUCACUUGUUAAAGCUUUAAAAUCUGAUUCAGUUACAAACCAUUUAAGAGUGACCGUUUUAAAGAAAUUAUUGUUUAAUCCAGGAGAGAUUAAUUUUACCGAUCUAACUGGAACUAACAUUGUUAAAUUGAUAAGUAUGGAUUUAGAUAAAGAUGGAGUUAAAAAGAUGGCUAAACUAUUGAAAAAAGUUCUUCUUAAUACUUCAAAGAAAACUGUAAAAGAAGAUGUUGAACGGCACUGGUUUAAUAACGAAAGGGUAAAAGCUGCAGAGUUGAUAUCUUUACUAGUAAGCCAUGAAGCAGUUAAAGAUGAUACAGAAUUCAAAAUUAAUUAUAUGCAGCUGUUAAUGUGUUUCGGAUUCUUCAAAAUUAGUGGUGAAGACAAUGUUGCUGUAAGCAGCGAAUUAGCAGGAUCAAUAAAAUCAUGCUUUUAUCGUUGUUUUACUUCAAGAUUCACAAAUGUGGAUAAUCUUGUGACAGUUUUAUCAGCCCUAUGUCACUUUAUAUCAAAGGUAAUGCAAAAAGAACAAGUGAAGGAAAAGUUAGAAAAACAAUUUUCAAAAGAGAACUUUGUUUGUUGGGACAUGCUGAUGGAGACAUGUGACAAAAUUGAAAAGAAUGGUUCAAAAGCUAAGGUUGACAUGGUGUUUCUUAUUUUACUUUACCAACUGGGUUUGUUCUUAUUCUCAGAACCUACACAUGUGAAGGUUGCACGCAGUUCAAUAAAAGAACUAAAAGACUGCUACGAUCACUACAAAAUGAGAAACAAGAAAUCUAAAAAAGCAAACCAGUUAACUGAAGAUGAGCCAGAAUGGAUUGAAGUAAUGAUUGAAAUAUUGUUAUCGAUACUCUCCAUUGAGUCCAGUGUUCUACGUUCAGUUGUGCAAUGUGUAUUUCGACUAUUGUGGGAAUAUCUUACACCAUCAUCAAUUGAACAAAUAAUAUCUAUAUUGGACCCUAAUAGUGAAGAGAACCCAUUGACCCAAGACAGUGAUUCAGAGGAUGAAAAUAAUGAUGAAGAAUUGAAAACUGAUGACAUAAAAGAGAAUGGCGAUGCAGUGAAUAGUGAGAAUGAUGACAGUAGCGAAGAUAGUGAUCAGAUUGACGAUGAUGAAAAUGAAGACGAUGAACUAAAAGAUCCUGAACAGCUUAGAAUAGCGAUUCAGAAGGCGUUAGGAAGUGCCGCUGUCGAUAAUGAUGCAGAAAGCAUAAAUGCAGAUGACAUAGAUGAAGAAGAAGGAAAAAAACUGGAUGAAGCACUCGCUGAAGCUUUUAAACAACACAGUCAAGGAAAAAAUAAAAAGUCAAAAAAAGAACGCAGGAACAAAAAAACGUUAUCAGAUUUUAGAAUCAGAGCAUUAGAUUUGGUUGAUAUUUACCUAGAAAAAGAUCCAUCAAUGGAUAUAUGCUUAAGUAUGAUAGCACCCCUUACUAGAGCUCUAGAAUUUUGUAUGCAAGAUAAUCAAUUAAAUGAGUUAGAAAGCAGAAUUAGAAAAACUAUAAAAACAUUAGCUAAAGUUAGGAAAUUUGCAUCCGUUGAUGGUAUUACAUUAAAUAUUCUAAGUGACUAUUUAAAAUCAAUUAUUGAAAAAGGAUCAAGAUCCCAUUUUAUGUAUCAAGCUCUUGGUGAUGUCAUAACUAAUUUCUCAAGUUUUAUUCUUCAUUGUUCACAAAAACUAGAAACCGUUACUAAAAAGUCUCCAAAAAAACAGAAUGCUUGUCCUAUAGAAGAAAUACUUAAAAACACACUUCAAGAUUUCUUUACCAACCGUAGCUGUGUAUUACCAAUAAUAUUCUUUCACAGUAUCCUACAAUUAGACUGGAAAGGCAUAUAUGAACUUGUACCUAUUAUAAUAAGUAAUGUUUUUGAUGAAAACAUCCGUCAGUUUCGUCGUAAUGAAGGUCUAGAAUUAUUGAUAGGUUUUUAUAGAGGCCUUAAUAGAAAUAAACCCAAUGAUGACAAUUUUAAAAACAAUUUAAAAGAUAUAGAAACGGAUUUCAGAAGUAAAUUGAAAGUAGCUAAAGAUAACAUUUCAUAUACAGUAAAAAAGAAUUUUAUAACUUUGUUAAAGAAAUUUGUUAAUAUCAUAAGAUCAUUUCACGAAAGUAGCCACAUUGAUACGGAAUUGGACUACAAAAAUUUAUUGGAAGAUAUAAGUAAGAUAAAGAAAACAGAAAAAACUACCGAGGAUAAUCAAGGUCCAGUAAAAAGUCAACAAAAUGGUAAAAAUUCAAAAAAGAAUAAGAAAAAACGUAAAAGUAUGCAAUCGGAUGCUGACGCACCAAACAUAAAGAAGACAAAAAACGGGAUAUAAAUAGAAAAUGAAUUUAUUUUUCGUAAACAAUUAUAUGUAAUUGACUUUUCGUCCUUUUGAGAUAUGAAUAAAUAUUUUGUUUAAAAGAGGUGUAUUUUCA